AUGGCCGGGGAGCAGGGGCAGCUCCGCACGGCUCCCGGGCGCGCUCCCCGCCGCUCGCUCGGGGGACACCCGUCCGGCGCCCCGGGUGCCGCGCUCGAGGGCCGAGUCGGGCCCGGCACUCUGAGGGCUGCGGGGCUGCGGAGGGCGGCGAGCGGGGCUGCCGAGAGGGGCUGGGACGGGCGGGCAGCAAUGGCGCCGAGGCGGGGCCGCCCUUGGCCGCGGGAAGGGCGAGCAUGGGAGCAGCGCCCCGUCCUCGGGGCCCCCGGUGCCGGCCAGCGGGCUGCUCUUGGCCAGGUUACUCGGCUGGUGAAGGUCACCAUGGACAGCUCACCUUAUUUCAAGUUGGUCGGCCCCAAUGAUGUGUGCCAUCAGAUCCCACCGGGCUCAUUUUGUACUAUAAACAUCCUUUUCACCCCUGAGGGGAGCAAGGAUCAUUUCCACCAACUUGUCUGCAGCAGUGAAAGGGAAAAGGUCUCUGUACCAAUCCGGGCCACUGGUGCCCGCCCAGUCUUGGACUUCCCUGACCAGCUGGACUUCUCGUCGUGUCCAGUCAACCACAGCACCCAGAAGACUCUGCUGGUUCACAACACCGGGAACCUGGAAGCCUGUUACAGCCUCAGCACUGAGAGGUAA